AUGCGUUUCUCCGUCAUCUCUGUUUCCCUCCUCUCCCUCUUCGCAUCCUCGGCUCUGGCUAUCCCCUCCGCUUCCGGCACCCUGAGCUGCAGCGAUGUCAGCUCUGAGCUCUCCGGCUACGAGCAGCGUCUCGCAAAGGCCACCGACACCAGCUCUCCCAAGUACCAGGCCGUCCAGAACCUGAUUGACUCUGCCAAGAACCUCGAGUCUGCCGACUGCGGCAGCUCCAGCAAGAGAUCCUACUACCCCCCCGAGAGCACCGGUCUCAUUGGAGAGAUCCUGAACGCUGUUGACUCGCUCGUGACUCCAGGCUCUCGGUCUGUAAACGACCAACCUAUCACCGAGAAGCGCGACUUCCGACGUCGCGCCUGGGAUCGUCCCGAUCAAGUUCCCUCGCAGAGUCGCCGGACGAUGGAGGGAUGCAAUGUUCAGGAUGACCUCGGGCUAUGUUCGCUGUAUCGCCGAAUUGUACUGGUCGAGAAUAUAUCACGUGGUAUCGUGGAAAUUCUGGGCUCGACCCUGGAUAUUGAUCCGUUGUUCUUGGAGGCUCAUAUUGGACGCAAUGGCUGCUCUUCGAAUCCGAUGUUGGAAUAUGCAGAUUAUUCAUGCCAGAAGUUCCUUACGUGCCACUACCCUCGAGCCAUUACGCUGGAGGGCGUACAGGGAUCUGUUGAAUCCCUCGCUGAAUGGAAGAACAGUUACAUUGCAAUGGUCCUGCUUCUCCAACACUACGACUCGGAACUGAUCAGAAGGGCAGUCAGAAAGAAGGUUGCCGAUAUCAAGAAAGAUCCUGAAGACUGCACCCGUCCGCCCAAGCAAUCUGAGUCUAGCGUCUCGAACUUGACAGGUUUCCGCCGCUGGUUCAUGUCCACUAUCAAUCCUCCUCAAGCUCAAGUGAAAAUUACCCAGCUCCGCGAGAGCUCUGAAAAGAAAACCCGCAGAAUCAAUUGGUCUGACCCUGUGUUCCAGACCUUCAUGACCAUGCGAACUUGGAUCAUGCCCAUUAUCACGCAAAACUACCGGGAUAUUAAGUACCUUAGAUCCCAGACACUAGCCCUUCCACCCAUUAUCGACACUUAUGAUGCCGUUAUCAACAGCCUAGGACAGUUCGCCUCGGCCCUUGAUACCCGGUGGUAA